GUUCUCUUCUCUUCACUCUUCCCCUUGCUCGGAAACUUCGACUCUCCGAACAUGGUCAAUAUGGUCAACAUGACUGGGAGCUUCGUCUCGCCAUCGGCCGAUGCGACAGUCUCGCCCCAACUUUUCGCGCCGGCGGGUCUCGUCGCUACCGUUUUGGAUGGCUUCACUAUCUGGAAGGGUUUGUUGACGCUCUUCGUCGCGGCUGUCCUUUAUGACCAGUUCAAGUACCACUACCUCAAGGGCGCCAUUGUUGGUCCUAUGUACAAGAUUCCCUUCAUGGGCCCUUUUCUUCAAUCUGUCAACCCCAAAUUCACCGAAUACAAGGCCAAGUGGGACAGUGGCGACCUGAGUUGUGUCUCUGUCUUCCACAAGUUCGUCGUGAUUGCCUCAACCCGUGAUAUGUCUCGCAAGAUCUUCAACUCGCCCUCCUAUGUCAAGCCCUGUGUUGUGGAUGCCGCGCACAAGCUUCUCGGAAAGACCAACUGGGUCUUCUUGGACGGCAAGGCCCACGUUGACUACCGUAAGGGCCUCAACGGUCUUUUCACCCGUCAGGCUCUGGCUAUGUACCUCCCCCGCGCCGAGGAGGUUUUCAACUCCUACAACAAGCGCUUCCUCGAGAAGUCCGCCGCCACCAACUUUACGCCCACUCCCUGGAUGGCUGAGUUCCGCGAGCUUAUGUGUGCUCUUUCUUGUCGCACCUUCGUUGGUUACUACAUGACCGAUGAGGCCGUCCAGAAGAUUGCGGACGACUACUAUCUGAUCACUGCUGCUCUUGAGCUGGUCAACUUCCCUAUCAUCCUUCCCUACACCAAGACAUGGUACGGAAAGAAGGCCGCCGAUAUGGUGCUCGCUGAAUUCACCAAGUGUGCUGCCAAGUCUAAGGCUCGCAUGGCUGCCGGUGGCGAGAUCUCUUGUAUCAUGGACGCCUGGGUCAAGGCCCAGCUGGAUUCCGCUGUGUAUCGUGAGAAGAUCGCCAAGGGUAUUCAGGUCGACUCUUCCGAGAAGCCUUCCCAGGUCCUCCGUGACUUCACCGAUUUCGAAAUUGCCCAGACUAUCUUCACCUUCCUGUUCGCCUCUCAGGACGCCACCAGCGCCGCCUCCACCUGGCUGUUCCAGUUGAUGGCAGACCGUCCCGAAAUCCUGGACAAGGUCCGCGAGGAGAACCUGAAAGUCCGCAACGGUGACCGCACCAUCCCCGCCACUAUGGACCUGCUCGACAACAUGCCCUACACCCGGGCUGUCGUCAAGGAGACUCUGCGCUACCGUCCCCCUGUCAUCAUGGUUCCUUACCUGGUCAAGAAGGACUUCCCGAUCAGCGAGACUGUCACUGUUUCCAAGGGCUCUAUGAUAAUUCCCUCCGUGUGGCCCGCAUGCCACGACGAGGAGGCAUACCCCAAUGCCGACUCUUUUGACCCCGACCGCUGGAUCACCGGUACUGCUGAGCAGCAGACCAAGAACUGGCUCGUCUUCGGCACAGGUCCCCACUACUGUCUGGGUCAGACCUAUGCUCAGCUGUCUCUGAUGGCCAUGAUCGGAAAGGCCAGUAUGGAGAUGGACUGGGAACACACCCCCACUCCCGAGUCGGAGGACAUCAAGGUGUUUGCCACUAUCUUCCCUCAGGAUGACUGCCUGCUCACAUUCCGUCCUCGCGCCUAAAUUCUCCCAUUGUUGGCCUGCACAAGACAAAAAGCGAAGCUGGAGCCCAGCCCCGUUCUCCGGGUAGAGAAGGGCUUGGUUGCCUUUUUUACAUUGCCUUCCUGUCCUGGAGAUGGGGUGGCCCAUUGAUGAAUUCUUCUUUUUCUUUUCUUUCUUGAUAUCUUCUUUUCAUGUAUGACGGACGCUCUAGAGUAUUGUCUUUCCCUUUUUCUUACUGGGAAAGCUUGUAUACCAUUGUGCAAAGAUGCCCCCAGUGUGUUUAUGAUUAUCUGGCCUUUGAAGGUCGCUGGGGGUUCCUUGUUUCUUUUCUGCCCGGGGGACUACUUUUAGAGCCAUGCACUUUAGAAUAAUAUUAAUUCAUCUUUGUUCAG